GCCCCAGUAUAUCGGUCACUGACUUUAGUCCCGUCUGAUUUCUUUAGCUCACAGCCCGUAUGAAUUUGUUUCAUCCUAUUUCCAGGCUUUCCAGAAUCCAAGGCCCCAAGUCCCUCGCCAUUUCUCACAUUCUCAAUCAUACUAUCCCUUCGUGUAGCAACUUUUUCGAAUCUCCUACCCACUUCGAAUCGCCACUGAAUUCGAGCCAAGACCCCGCCAAAAUCGCAGCUACCCUUCUCUCAAAUUGCACAAACUUGUUCGAAUUAGAUCAAGUACAUGCUCGAAUCAUCCGAACUCGGUUCCUGGAUUUUUACCCUGCUUCAUUCUAUUGGAACAACAUCAUAAGAUCUUACACCAGACUUGAGUCUCCUUUCAAAGCACUCUGCAUCUACGUUGCCAUGCUGCGCGCCGGCGUCUCGCCGGAUUCCUACACUUUUCCGAUCGUUUUAAAGGCUGCCUGUCAGUUUUUUGCAGUUGGGUUUGGUUGUCAGCUUCAUUCUACGGCCAUACAUAACGGUCUUGAGCUCAAUGAGUACUGCGAGAGUGGAUUUAUUAGCAUGUACUGUAAGGCGGGAGAAUUUGAAAAUGCCCGUAAGGUGUUUGAAGAAAAUCGUGAUAGAAAGUUGGGUUCUUGGAAUGCCAUCAUAGGAGGCCUUUCCCAAGGUGGGCGUGCCGCUGAGGCCAUAGCCAUGUUCCUGGAGCUGAGGAAUUGCGGGUUUGAGCCCGAUGAUGUAACUAUGGUGAGCGUCACCUCAGCUUGUGGAAGCCUUGGGGACUUGAAUUUGGCUCUUCAAUUGCAUAAAUGUGUCUUCCAAGCCAAAAGCUUGGAGAAACCGGACAUUUUGAUGCUGAAUUCACUCAUAGACAUGUAUGGGAAAUGUGGGCGGAUGGACCUGGCUUAUGAGGUGUUUUCUAGGAUAGAGCAAAGAAAUGUGUCUUCGUGGACGUCAAUGAUCGUGGGUUAUGCAAUGCAUGGGCAUGUCACUGAUGCGCUUGAAUGCUUCCGUUGUAUGAGAGAUGCAAGAAUUGUGCCUAACCAUGUGACCUUUGUUGGUGUGUUGAGUGCAUGUGUGCACGGGGGGAUGGUGGGAGAAGGAAAGUAUUACUUUGCUAUGAUGAAGAAUGUGUAUGGGAUUGCACCCUCGGUGCAACAUUAUGGGUGCAUGGUGGAUCUGCUUGGCCGAGCAGGGUUGCUUGAUGAAGCCAGAGAUAUGGUGGAGAGGAUGCCAGCGAAGACAAACUCUGUGAUUUGGGGCUGCUUGAUGGGUGCCUGUGAGAAGUAUGAGAAUGUGAAGAUGGGAGAGUGGGUAGCUAAGCAUUUGCUAGAACUUGAACCAUGGAAUGAUGGGGUUUAUGUGGUUUUGUCCAACAUUUAUGCCAGCAAAGGUAUGUGGGAAGAGGUUGAGAGGAUGAGAGAGGUCAUGAAGGAGAGAAGACUUGCUAAGAUUCCCGGUUAUAGCUUGACAACAAAAUUGGAUUGAAAUCCAUGAACUUGCUUUUUUUUUUUUCUCUCAAUUAUUGUAUCCCAAUUGGGAUUCUUCUUAGAAUAUGUUCUUCUUAUUCAUUUAUUGUAUUCUUCUGCAUCUAUAUCUAAUUAUCAGAAGUAUGCUGGGUUCUGCCCUCCAUUGUAUCUUUUCCAUAACCAUCAUUUAUUAAACAUGUGUUAUUCA